UAAUACCGCAGUUCCAGGUUUCAUCAUCUUCCAUCUUCUAGUUGUUUCAUUGGCGUACGUGUCAUUCGGAAAGAUCAUAAAAAAGAUGAAGUGAUAGCUAGCUACGUGAUAAUCUAAAACUUUUCGCUCGAGUGGUGCUAAAAAGACAUGGAAACAGCCAAGCCACUCGCCACACUACAACCGAGGCCGAUGGCUCCCGGUCCCGACAAGAAGAAACUACUUCUACUCGGUCUUCAGUUGUUGAGCAAGAGCUUGAAGGUCCCAUGUGCCGUCGUGUCUCCUCAGAAGCAAGAUAUUGUUACUGUUCAAAGUGAGCAGAGUCCACCAUGCUCCCCGUCAAAGGACAGUCUCUACUCAGCACUGAGCGGUAGCGAGGAGAGUGAGGUUGGAUCACCUGAUGCAAACUCUAGGAAAAGAAAGAGAACUGGAAGUACAGAGUUGACAGAAAAAGAAAAGAGAGAGAAAAGGAAAAUGAUGAAUCGAGUUGCUGCUCAGAAUGCCAGAGACAGAAAGAAGAGCUACAUUGACGACCUGGAGAAGAAAGUGGCCAUUCUAGAGCGACAAAAUCGCCAAUUACAAGCCGAAAACCAAAACCUCAAACAAGGAACUACGAUUCUAACAUCCGAAAAAAAGCAGCUAGAGCUAUGUCUAGCCGACUCCAUUCAAACUGACAUUGUCACAGGACUUGUCAAGAGGGAAAGCCCGAAGGAGACCCCAUUUAGGUCUGCAGCACCUGGUGUUGUUUCUCUGCAGCAGAAACACUUCCCAAGGGCCAACCUCUUGCCUGUCUGGAUGAUGCUCAGUAUGAGCUACUGGCUCAAUUUCUUCAAGACGGAGGAUUUCCCAGUUCUUCCCCAAUUGGACGAACUCCUGAUGUUGGACAGGAUGGAUCCUCCCAGCAACACACAGCUCUUGAGACUCCCUCAAUGGUGGGGUGCAGCCAAUUCCAACUGGAACCCACUAAAGAAGUGACACUACCACUGGACUACAGUGACACUCUACUUGCUGAAACACUAAGCACUUUCACAGACAAUAACAUACCAAGCCCUAACGUGAUCGGUUUUCAUGGAGAUAGUGACUCAAUGGAUUUUCUGACAGAAACAAACUUUAAUGAUGUUCUGUAUCCAUGCAACGAACCUGCCCUCAGUGAAGCUGACCUUGAGAACUGGGACUUGAGUUCAUUGUUAGCUGCUGUUUAAAUGUGUUUCUUUGUCUGUAUUCUAUGUCACUGCAUGCAUGAUUAUCUUGUUCAUUACUAUGAGGUACACAUGUACAAUCAUAUAAUUUUACGGGUACAGUGGAAA